CAAAAUUUAUUUUUAACUUUGAAAAUUAUUUUUCCCUAAUUUAUUCAACAAAAAUGGAGAUAAAUAACAGCAAUUAUUGGAAACAAAUAUAUAUUCCUCCAUGGGACCUCUUAGCUAAUAAACCUCCCCGCCAACAUUUUGGCACCUCAGACAAAUUUUCUCAAGACUCAGGAUUCCCUCAACGUGGAGGCUGCUCACGCACUACAUCCUCUUCUGAUUUGGAAUUAUUUCGCUGUGCUUCUGUGGAUGCUCAAUCAACUAUGACAGGUGGACUAGACCCUCACCAACAACAUAUGUUAAUGAUGAGGCAAUUUCCGCCUGGCUCUAAUAUGAUGAAUGGAAUGUGCAUUCAAGAAUUUUCGGGUACCCCAGAUAGAACAUUCCGUGUUGUAAUGUGUGGUGAUGCUUCUGUUGGCAAAUCUUCAAUAAUUAUGCGAAUUAUUAAAGGAGCAUUCCAACCUAAUAUUGCCAGCACUUUGGGAGUUGAUUUUCAUGUAAAAAGUGUUAGAGUUGGUACUCAAAAUAUAGCUGUACAAUUAUGGGACACUGCCGGCCAAGAAAGAUUCCGAAGCCUUUGCAAUUCUUAUUUUAGACGGGCUGAUGGAGCUAUUCUUGUUUAUGACUGCUCUAUAGAUCGUUCAUUUUUACGUAUUCGUGACUGGAUUGAAACAGUGAAGGUCGUAAGUGUAUUUAAGUUGUUUGGUGACUGGAAUUGAGAUUCUCGGAACCAUGAUUCCCAGUCUAAAAAACUUCCUUCUCUUGCAUUUAACUCUUCAAUCUUCCCCUAAUCAUCCCCCUUUUUCUCAGUCACUAUUCAAAAUUAUUU